AAACCGCGUCAAAACAUGGAGAGGUUCGAGGAGGUGUUGCGUUUGGGCCGAGGGGGGGCCGGGGACGUGUUCCUCAUGAGGGACAGGCAGCGGAAGAGUCUGUGCGCCGUCAAGAGGAUCAAAGUGGAGCCAACGCGAGCGCGCAGGACGCAGGCGGCCGUCCUGCAGGAGGCGGACAUCAUCCGCAGGCUGCAGCACCCCAACGUCGUCACCUGCACCGACGCCUUCGCCAACCCCGCCGACGGCUGCGUCUACAUCGUGAUGGACUACUGCGACGGCGGCACCUUGGACGACAAAGUCAAAGGGAGGAAGCCGGAGCAGUUUUUCCCGGAGGACUGUGUGAUGUGCUGGUUCGCGCAGGUCACCAGAGCUGUGGAGUAUAUACACAAAGCCAAAGUUCUCCACAGGGACAUCAAAACCUCAAAUGUGCUUCUGACAAAGCAGGGUUUGGUAAAGCUGGGAGACUUUGGCAUAUCCAAGGUGAUGAGCCACACGGCGGACAUGGCGUCCACGUGUGCGGGGACACCCAGCUACCUCAGUCCCGAGCUCUGCCAGGAUGUCCCAUACAGCUACAAGUCAGACAUGUGGGCCCUCGGCUGUCUCCUGUAUGAGAUCUGUGCUCUCAGGCCUCCAUUUUCAGCUUCAAACAUCUUGAGUCUUUCCAAAAAGAUCAUCAAAGGAGAGUAUGAUCCUGUACCUGAGGUGUUUUCAGACAGCACCACCUCUCUAAUCCACAGACUGCUCAGUCUGGAUCCACAGGACAGACCCAGCGCUGCUCAUGUACUCCUCACUGCUCAAGUGCAAAAUCACCUCCCGGCUAUCACAGAAAAACAGACAGAUUGCACUCCAGACAUCAGCAGAACACCAUGGCCAGAUGUUUUGUGUCAGUACUGCUCAUUACCGGAGGAAGGGCAUGCACCGGAGGCCAGAUCCACUGAUGUAGACCAGGAAGAUGCUUUAAGGGGUUUGGGGCCGAGCGACUGUCACUAUCCUGAUGACUUUGAUGAAGAUGAAAGUUCGUCCUUGCCAGAGGAACUCUUACUGGGAAGUUCUGCUGAAUCUGCUGGUGCCCUUGACACGUCACAGCAGGCUGAAUACUCAGAUGACUUUGAGGAAGAUGAGGAACAAGAAGAUGCUGAAAGUGUAGUGGAUUCUGUCCACACGGGGGUCCACGAGCAGCCCCACGAGGAGACACUGGUGGAAGAGUUUCAGCUCUGUGACGCGGGAGGACUAACCGUCACACUGAAAGCACUGAAGGAAAGAGGCUGA